CUGUUGGAAUGUAUUCAUGUGUAACAUCCCACUGACUGGAUGACAUCACAACAGCUCCAGGUCCUUGAAAGUCUUGAGGAUGAUUAGCUGAAGGAAUUGGCUGUUUCUGCCAAUCAUAAUCCGGCAGAGCUGCCUUUAUAGUUCUGGAGAUGUGAGAGAAAGAGGGAGGGAGGGAAAGACCGACUACAGCUAAACCAGAAGCACAGCAGCAGUAGCAAGAGCAGAGCAGGAGCAGCUGGUAUUCCGGUGAUUAAAUAGUUCCCAUAGCCUUUUUGCUGUACUCGGUCCGCUCCCUGGUGUAAUUCUCGUGUCCAAGAAGGAAGCUGCAUUUUAACGGUGUGCUGAACAGAGGUUUGAAUCAUUCCAGCUGGCUGCUUGUUUUGAAAAGGACAAUGUGUGUAUAAAUAAAAAGAGACUCUGCUGGAAGAGUUCAGAUACUAGGACUGGAGCUAAAGAGUGCUCUCGGAAUAUUAAGGCAGAUUGUAUGAACUGAAAGCUCCUUCUAAUUAACCUGCAGGCAAGUGAAUCUGAAUACUGGAUAUCCAUUUUAUAACUCGGGAUAGACUCAAGUUAGAAAAAGAAAAAAAAAUUGAAAUGCUUCUCUAGAUAAUGUUUAAAGGACUCUACAGCAAUCUUUGGUUUUGGACAUACUCAAAAUCUCUUCAGCUUUCACUCUCCUGGUCCAUUGUCCCCCAGCUUUAACUUGCAAUCCCAUCAAACAUUUUACAUGGUUUGCAAUGGUUACAUGAAUUUUUGGGAAGUGGCAUUGUACCAUCUCAUACUUUAUUCACAAUGGCACUUUAGGAAGAUAACUCGGAAAAGACUUCCAAAGCAGUAUUUUAAAAAAUGAAUCUUAUUGUGAAGCUUCGGAGAAGUUUUCGAACCUUGAUUGUUCUCUUAGCUACCUUUUGCUUGGUGAGCAUUGUCAUUUCUGCCUAUUUUCUCUACUCUGGCUAUAAACAGGAAAUGACACUUAUUGAAACCACUGCAGAAGCAGAAUGCACUGAUGUUAAAAUCCUACCCUAUCGGUCAAUGGAGCUGAAGACAGUUAAACCUAUUGACACAUCCAAAACUGAUCCUGUUGUCCUCCUGUUUGUGGAGAGCCAGUACUCUCAACUCGGUCAAGAUAUCAUCGCUAUCUUGGAGUCCAGCCGAUUCCAGUAUCACAUGGUCAUUGCCCCUGGCAAAGGAGACAUACCUCCUCUUACAGAUAAUGGCCAAGGGAAAUAUAUUUUAGUGAUUUAUGAAAAUAUUCUGAAGUACGUCAGCAUGGACUCAUGGAAUCGAGAGCUUUUAGAAAAAUACUGUGUGGAAUACAGUGUUAGUAUAAUUGGUUUUCAUAAAGCCAAUGAAAACAGCUCACCAAGUACACAAUUAAAAGGUUUUCCAUUAAAUCUUUUCAAUAAUCUAGCUCUAAAGGACUGUUUUGUCAACCCUCAUUCUCCUUUGCUGCAUAUUACCAAAGCGCCCAAGGUUGAGAAAGGCCCUCUUCCUGGGGAAGACUGGACAAUUUUCCAAUAUAAUCAUUCAACCUACCAGCCUGUGCUUUUAACUGAAUUACAGACAGAAAAAUCUUCAUCCUUGUCUAGCAAACCACUCUAUGCGACAGUGAUUCAGGACCUGGGGCUCCAUGAUGGAAUUCAGCGAGUUCUUUUCGGCAACAACUUAAACUUUUGGCUGCACAGGCUCAUCUUCAUAGAUGCCAUCUCCUUCCUGUCAGGGAAGAGGCUGAUGUUGUCUUUGGACAGGUACAUCCUUGUGGACAUUGAUGAUAUCUUUGUUGGCAAAGAAGGAACAAGGAUGAAUGUCAAAGAUGUAAAGGCAUUACUAGAGACUCAAAAUUUACUGCGCACUCAGGUUGCAAAUUUUACCUUCAACCUUGGAUUUUCAGGGAAGUUUUACCACACAGGGACUGAAGAGGAGGAUGAAGGAGAUGACCUUUUGCUUCGGUCUGUGGAUGAGUUCUGGUGGUUUCCUCACAUGUGGAGCCACAUGCAGCCCCACCUCUUUCACAAUGAGUCAUCUUUAGUUGAGCAGAUGAUUCUCAACAAGGAAUUUGCACUGGAACAUGGAAUACCUAUCAACAUGGGCUAUGCUGUGGCGCCACAUCACUCAGGGGUCUAUCCAGUUCAUAUUCAGCUGUAUGCAGCUUGGAAGAAGGUCUGGGGUAUACAGGUCACCAGCACUGAAGAGUAUCCACAUUUGAAACCUGCACGAUACCGAAAGGGCUUCAUUCACAAUAGCAUUAUGGUCCUCCCUCGACAAACCUGCGGGUUGUUCACACACACUAUUUUCUACAAAGAGUAUCCAGGGGGCCCCCAGGAAUUGGAUAAAAGUAUCAGAGGAGGUGAACUUUUCCUCACAAUUCUUCUAAACCCAAUCAGCAUUUUCAUGACUCACUUGUCAAACUAUGGGAAUGACCGCCUAGGGUUGUAUACCUUUGUGAAUCUGGCCAACUUUGUGCAGAGCUGGACCAACCUGAAAUUGCAAACUCUGCCUCCAGUGCAACUAGCCCAUAAGUACUUUGAGCUCUUUCCUGAGCAAAAGGACCCUCUCUGGCAGAAUCCAUGUGAUGAUAAAAGACACAAAGACAUCUGGUCCAGAGAGAAAACUUGUGACCACUUACCAAAAUUCCUUGUAAUCGGGCCACAAAAGACAGGAACAACAGCACUUUAUUUAUUUCUUCUUAUGCACCCUUCCAUCAUCAGCAAUCUCCCCAGCCCCAAAACAUUUGAAGAAGUUCAGUUCUUCAAUGGCAACAACUACCACAAGGGAAUUGACUGGUAUAUGGACUUUUUCCCUACUCCAUCCAACAUUACAAGUGACUUCCUAUUUGAAAAGAGUGCUAAUUACUUCCAUUCAGAAGAAGCACCCAAACGAGCUGCAUCUCUGGUUCCCAAAGCCAAGAUCAUCACCAUCCUCAUUGACCCCUCAGACAGGGCAUACUCUUGGUACCAGCACCAACGAUCACAUGAAGAUCCAGCUGCCCUGAGGUUUAAUUUCUAUGAAGUUAUCACAACAGGACAUUGGGCCCCAUCUGACCUCAAAACUUUACAGAGGAGAUGCCUAGUGCCUGGAUGGUAUGCAGUCCACAUAGAAAGAUGGCUAACUUACUUUGCUACUUCUCAGUUGCUAAUUAUUGAUGGACAGCAGCUGAGAUCUGACCCAGCUACUGUGAUGGAUGAAGUCCAGAAGUUUCUGGGAGUUACACCUCAUUAUAAUUACUCUGAAGCACUAACUUUUGAUCCCCAAAAGGGCUUCUGGUGUCAACUGCUGGAAGGAGGAAAGACCAAAUGCCUUGGGAAAAGUAAAGGUCGAAAAUAUCCACCCAUGGAUCCAGAGUCUAGAACCUUCCUCUCUAAUUACUACCGAGAUCAUAAUGUGGAACUGUCCAAACUGCUGCAUAGACUGGGGCAGCCUCUACCAUCAUGGCUGAGACAGGAGCUGCAAAAAGUGAGAUAGCACUGGAGAGGAGAACCAAGGCUCUCAAGAUACUGACUUUUACUAUGGAACAGAGAAAGAAACCCCACAUCUUUUAUCCCCUUAAUGCACUUGUGAUUGUCAACAGAAAACCAUAUGAAUAAACCUCCUUCUAUCUUUUUCAUAAAAUGAAAACUGUUAUAUACGCACGCAUUGGCAUUUACUAGCAUCAAUCCCAGUGUGAGCUUUUGGGAAAUAAUGUGGGAUUUUGUGGCAUCGCCCAGCUUCCAGUGUGGAGAUUCUAAUACAACCCGGUUCCUCUGUUAAUUGUAAGGUUUUGGAAACUCCAUGUUUGACUGAGAACCCUGACCAUAAGCAAAUGACAAAUUAGAAUUUUGAGGAAAAGCUAAGCACUAAGAUGUCUACAAAGGAUAUUAGUCAUACCCAGUAUUUGAAUUAAGGGCUUAUAAGCAUUUUCCCUCACUAACUUGAAAACAGUUUUGCUUUUGUUAUGAAAAGAAAUUAUAAUUCCAUACUCUUAUUUUGAGCAUUUAUUAUUUAUUAUAUUUAGCCCAUACAUGUUUUCCUCUGUUCCUUCUCUUUAUGAAUUUCCCUGACUUGCUAAAGGAGUUGUGAACAUGUAACCUCCCACGUUUUUUAUCUGUUUUCCUCUUGUAGGAGAAGACUAUAUGAAAGUUUCCACAUUCACUGAUAAUAGUAUUUUAUCUGGCAGGGCUUGCCAUUCUAGGUGAAUUUUACAUCAUGGUUCCAACAACAUCUAUCAGAGACUUUGAUAGAGAAAGUCUAAAUUUCUUUUAUCAGAGAAAAUAAAUGAGAAAGUGUAUACUUUGCAUAGUAUUAACUUCAAUGUAUAAGACCAUCUUUAUAUGUGUAAAAAAAUCUCACCAUACUAUUAAUCUAGGUAUUUCCACCUUGACAAUGAUGUAGCAUUUAUAUAUUUUUUCACUAUAUACAGAAGAAAAAAAAAACUAUUGAGAAUACAUGGAAUGACAAUAGCAACAUGUGUUUACAGAUAGAUUGAGGCACUUGUGCCUUUUAUGUAGUAUAUUCCAAUAGUUCAAAGCAUGAACUUUUAUAUAUGCCAAUACAUACCCUAAUGCAAAAGAUUGUUUUUAAUGCCUACUUAACAGGAUAAAUGUAAUCUAAAAUUUACCUCUUUAGAUACCACUGAUUCUCCAAAUUAAACCCUAUUUCUCAGCCAUACCAUCCAAAAAAAUAAUUUCCAGAGAAGAAGUGAUGCUCUUUCUGUGUUGGAGUUAUAGAUUGCUCUCCUCUUUGGAAGUUAUUGUCAUGCUGGUUGGAUUUUUGUCUCAUUUGUCAAUGAAGAUAUACUAAAGCUUUGUUAAUCUUUUCAGUUAUACAUGAAGGUAAAAUUUCAGCAGAACAGUAAAUCAAACCGGCUUUGGUAGCAUUACCAUCAAUCCUUCCUUCCUCCAGAGUAAAUUUUUAUAGGCUGUAAAUAAUAUUAUCUUCUCCUAUAAUUUGAGAAAUAAUGCUUCACAUAAUUCAAUGUCGUCAAAGGAACCUGAAGAUCAUUUUUUUGUUGAUUUGUUGUUUAUUCUUUUAUGUAAAGAAUUCAAGUAUAAUCUUUACAUAGUUUAUUUCAGGAUUCAACUUUGGAUUUAUACUUUAUAAGAUUUCUGUUUGUUUGUUUUUCUGUGUUCUCCCACUGCAGCAAAGGUUCUUAAUUUUUUUCAGAAUAUAUAAGAUUUUUCUUGGGCAUGAGUUGAUACAAAUCACAAACUGGUACUUUCGUUGUUUUGUUGUUAAGUGUGAGACUCAAUUUCUUAACCUUAUUGUUACUAAGAAGAGCAUGUGCUUGAUAGAAUUCCGUCAGGCACACUAAAAUCAUAAUUGUGUACUUAGCACUCUAACUUCUAAUGUAUCUGUUUUCUAGUUUCUCCAGUUUACAUUCUAAUUUUUUCCUUUAUGUAGUGAAGAUUAACUUUUUUUUUCCCAAGUGGGACAACAGAGAUAUUUAUAGAAAAGAGAAGUUUUUCAUAUUAAGUAAAACUCAUGUAAUCAAAGUCUAGCUCAUCACCAGAUUUUUUUCAAAGUAUAACUAAUUUUCUUGUUUUGUUUUGUUUUUCUGGAUAAUGUAUACAGUAUCAUUCUCUUGCCUACAGAUAUCUGGGAGCAAUAUUCCCCCAAAUUCAACCAGUCUCUCUCCCCUAGCUCAUUUCAAUCAGUGUGUACAUUUUUCUUACUAGCAUUGAUAAUGAAGACAAAACAAAUUUUAAUUAAGUAAUUCAUCUUCAAUUCUUACAGUAAAUUACAUAGACUCUGGGCUAUGAGAAGAUUAUAAAAAAUCUGAAAAGAAAAUUAGUUUUAAGAAUAUCUUGGUUUUCCCAAUUUUUACACACUGGCUACUUCAGAACUAUUGACUCAAGACUUAACAUAUGUAAUUCUUUAACAUUUAAAUAGAUCCUGUUUCAUGGUCUUAAAUGACAUAUUUUUAAAAAUUUUAAAGAAGUUACUACUAAAACCUUUAAACAAGCCAGUGUCUUCUCUUUCCUUGUGUUUCUUUAUUACAGUUGCCUAACUUAUAAAUAUAGCCACCAAUUACUUUACACUGACAAAGAUAAGGAACAAUAUUUGAUUAUGAGCCUACAUAAAGAAAUAACAUGCUUGUCAAAUACCAGUCUCUAAAAAUUACAUUACAAAUCUCAUAGGAAAACAAACUUUGUCUUUAAAAAGGCCUCAAAACAAUGAAGCAACAAGGAAGAAUGCUGGUAAGAAAAAUGCAUAUGACUUCUAAUACUGUAUUUUUUUUCUGGAAAAAAUUAGCUCUUCGUUUAAUAAGAGAUUUAAUUUGCCUGAAUUCAACAAACCUGUUCCCAUGUACCAUAUAUAGUUUUCAUUCUUCUGUCUCACUAUCUUAAUAUGAUAUAAAGUGAUUUGUUUAUAAUGAGUGUACAUUUUUAAUUAUGCAAAUACUUUAUUGUUGAAUAAUAUCUUACAAGCUUGUUUUGGGUGGCUCAGUAGCAUAUUAACCAUAUGUUUGAUGGAGGCACCUCAAAAACAAUGUUGGCCAAUUAUUUCCAAAAUAAAGCCAUCUAAUAGUCUUGCAUACAGGAUUUUACCUCGACUACAAGAACACAGCUUGGCCGUGGGUACAUCUAUACAUCAAUAUGUCUAUAUAUGUGCAAAUGAAUAGUUUCUUGUGUGAGCCAGUGAGGUGAGUAGAAAAAGCAGAAAGAGAACUCUGCCUUUACUGAAAUUGUUAAAUAACUGAUGUAGAACAUGCAUAACACAUCUUUGGUCCUCACUUCUUCGGAAUAAAUACUACUGCUGGUAUGGCCAUUAGAGUAACGUUGUUUCUCCUCUAAAAUCCAAAGUUUUAUUCAGUAGGUUAAACUUUUUCCUUCCCCUUUGCUUUGUUCACUGUAUAUGUACCCCCUGAAUUACAAACAUACAACAAGUGUGACCAGAAGGUUAUGAGAGUGUACUUUGGAUCUAGUUUCUCAUCCUAGGCCUGCCCUGAGCAAGCUGUGUGGACUCAGACAAUUUGUGGAACUUCCCUGAGUCACAGUUUCCUUUUCUGUAAAAUAGAGACAAUAAAGUAUCACUCGUUGGGUCACUGUAAACAUUAAAUGAGAAUAUAUGAAUCAAUUUAGCACAAUGCUUAAUGUAGUUAGGCUGGAACAUAUUCGUUUCCAAAAACUAAUGUGUAAUAUUCAAAUCACUGUCUCUUCUUUCAUCAAACAAGAAUGUUUUUCUACUCCCUUUAAUAAUAAAACAUAUAUAUGUUUAAGAUAUAUACAUAUGAAUUGUAUAUAUACAAUAUUGUAUCAUUAAUUGUAUAUAUGUUUAAGAUAUAUACAUAUGUUUAAGAUAUAUAUAUAUAUAUAUCUUAAACAUAUCAUUAAUUGUAUUUGGCUAAAAUGAGACACUGUCUUCACCACCAGUUUCCAAAAAUAAAUUUUGUUCUGCUCCUCACUAUUGUUCUAAUUAACAUUCAGAGAAAAAUUGUUCCAUCUCAUUCCUUUCUACUGAAGUCUCUUCAUCUAUUUCCUACUACUUCUUCAGUUUAUCUACCAGAUUAUCUCCCUUGUACCAUCUCUUUAUAUCUCUCUAUCCAAAUAUUUUGCAACCCAACAGGUAAUCUAUUAGAAUAUCAGAUCUAGAGGUACAGCUUCCUCUAGAUAAAUCAUAAAGUUUAAUGAAGGGAUACAUAUAAUAACAAAUCAUGCAUAAAGAACCUAGAGUUAAAAAUCAUAAGAAAAUUUAUCUGAAUUCUCUACAAGUCUUUUAUCUCCAACUUCACCUUCUUAUAAUAAGUUCUCCUUUCCACAAGUGGCACAUUCUAUUAUACUUUAAUAUACUGUUUUCUAUUAUAUUUAUUAAUACAAAAUAAUAUUAUUUGGGGCAUUUUUAUUGCAAAUAUAUGGUGUUUCAAGCCCAGAUAAGACACAUAUAAAUAGUUAAUUUCCAUUAAAAAAUGUUACUGUCUCUCAUAUGUCUGAAUUUUAUAUACUACCAAAACCUGGCACAUAGUAGAUAUUCAAUAAAAAUUCAUUGAAAUGUGUUGAAAUGUGCUGAGCAGUACCAAUCUACUUAAUUAUUUGUCCAACCCUUACUAUAUGUCAUUAAUCUCUUUCCUACUUUUCUGUGCUCUAGUAAAUUUUUUUCAUGGCUUUCAAGCCAGAACUAAUGAUUCUAUAUCACCAGCCCCAAAUGUGGUCAUGAGUUCCAUAGCUGUUACCCACCUUGCUCUGUUCAAAACCAUCUAAAUAUCUGCUUGACAGCUAAAUUGAGCACAUCCAUAAUUGACCUCUUCCCUUUUCAGGUCAAUUUUCUGUUUCCCCUCUAUCUCUUUUGCUUUCUUGAAAACUGCACCAAGUUAAAUCAAGCUUUUUGUCUGUCUAAGAAUAUUUCUCUUCUGUGAGCUCAAGUUACUCUGAUUUUUUUUCCUGAAUAUCUUUCCCUAAACCAUAGCUGCUCAGUAGAAAUGUAAUGUGAAUCACAAAUGUAAACCACAGAUGUAAUUCCAAGUUUUCUAGUAACCGCUUGAGAAAACUAUAAAAAGGUGAAAUUAAGUUUAGUAUUUUAUUUAAUACAUCCAAUAUACUAUUUCAACAUGAAGUCAAUAAAAACCUACUAAUGAGAUCUUUAUAUGCUGCGUUCAUACUGAGUCUUCAAAAUCCAAUUUGUCUUUCACCCAUUCAGUACAUAACAAUUUUGGACUUGCCACAUUUCAAGGGAUAGAUAGCCACCUGGGGCUAGAGGCACAGUUCUAAUCGCUACUCUUCUCAUCUACUCAUUUUUGAUCACCUCCUAGUCUCUCCAUCGUUGAAAGAGGAAUUCUUGCCCUAAGGGUUUCAGGGGAAGCCAAACACACUCCUCCCAACACUAGAGGAAUGGGCUUGUGGUUUAUUUGUUACAUAUCCUCAAGGCCCAGAAGCACUCCAAAGGGGCUGCACUGGGGAAGAAUGAAAAACCAGGGCCUGUGCCAGCUUUGUAGCAAUAAGAGGGUGAGGUGACCCCUGAUUCCCCCAGGAAUAUGUGAUUGGCUUGUUUGAAUAAUUCUGCAGGCUGGCAGGGAACAAAAACCCACUCCUCAGGAAUAAACAGAAAAUGCACCCCUUGCUAAGGACAAGUUUUGGCUAGGGGACCUUGCCCACAGGAGCAGAAUGGGAAAGAGACUUUGUGGAAAAGCCAUUCAAGAUCAUUCUAGUUUCAUCAGAUGUCAAGGAAGCAUAUAAUAUUGAGACUUAAUUUUAGACCUCACACCAUACUUCUGUUUUACUAGAGGAUCUCCUCAUAGCUCUUAGAAUUUUGCCACAAACUCUGACCUGGAGCUUUCAUUUCUCUCUAAAUCAUACACCACGCUAAUGUUGGAACAGUGGGGUUUUUUUUGUUUUUUUUGGUUUUUUUUUUUUUAUCUUUUGCCAUUUCUUGGGCCACUCUCGCAACCUCAUGGUUCCUAGUCAGAUUCGUUAACCACUGCACCACGAGGGAAACUCCAGAACAGUCUUUGUAAUUUGAAAUAGGAUCAAACUAUUCCUUAAUUUAGAAAAACUUCAAAUGUUUCCCACACCUAAAGGAGAUACACAAAUUCCAGUAGAGAUUCCAUGAAGUUCCUUUAUGAUCUGAGGUUUUGUCUACCUGACUGUUCUUUUUUUUCACAAUCUUUUAAAAAGUACAUUCCAAAUUCUAGUAACAAGCACCUAUUUGCAAUUCUCCAAUUACCGCAUGGUUUUUACAUGCUGCAGCUGCCUAGAACCCUUGAAAUGGCAAUGCUAAUUCAUUGAAACAGUAACACUGUGAAUUUCAAGUAACCUGCCUGUGGAAGUCUGGUUCUCUUUUGUUUCCCAAUUCCUUCAUAUCUCAAUCACAGAAAUAGCAAGUCCCUCAACUUUGCGUCUCAGGCUUUAAAGUUGUACCAGAAAUCUUUCUUUUCCUUGGCAUCAAGCCAUGAAUAUCUGGGUAAUAACAAUCAUGUAGAGAGAACUGUAAUCCCAGCUGGUUAGAUAGUCUAGAUUACACUAUUAUUAUUGUACCUACAUUGUACCAUAAUUUUUCACGUUUGCAUACACACUAAACUGUACAUUAGUAAAAUGAGAGAUGUCUUUUCAUUUUUGUAUCUCUUGCACACAACAGAGCACUUGGCACAAAAUAAGUAAUUGUUAAAUGAAUAUGUACAUUGCUUUACAUCUUUACACCUGUAGGAAAUGAAUUUCAAUUUGUAAGCAUAAAACUUAUAAAGUCAUUCUCUCAUUCAGAGCCACCAAGAUGUAAAUUUUCAAGGUUUAGGACCUUAGAAGUAUUGCUUGUUCUCUGAAAGAGUCAUUAUGUUUAUAUAUCUAAGUUGCCUGUUCUUAUUUAAUAAGACCAGCCAAACAGACCAAAUUAAACAUCCCUAGACACAGCAGGAAUUGAACUAUACCAACAGUUGUUCUUUUAUAUUGGUUUAAAUCUCAUAGUAGUGCUUCCCACAAAUAUGUUUUUUGAUAAUCAAAACAAAGCUAAGAGCCGCCUGUCUACAAUGCACUUUGUGUGGUGAAAGUGCAUGCUUAUAAUUAAAACGAAUUCAACACACUGAAGGGGUUAAGAGAUCAUUGACUUCAUAUUUAACCAUUGAGGCCCUUGAGUCUUAGAGAUUUAAUUUUCCUACUGACAAAGAGAGUAAUGCUAAUUAUUUAAUGACACAUUUAAAAUGUCUGCAGAAACACUGCCAAGAAAAAGCAUAGGUGGAAUUGCUAUGUCAAAAGCAUUCAUACUUUCUUGUUUAAACCAAGUGCAACAAAAAUAUCUCCAUAUAAUCAGAUUUGUCCAUGUAAACACAAUUAUUUCUAGGAUAUUCUUAAUUAAGGCUUCAUUCUCAUUUCCUUAAAUCUUACAUGUCUUUUCAGAAAUCCAAAUGGUACCCCAGGAAUAAGACACCAGCAGUAGGAUAAGACUAUGCCACCAAAAAGAGAAACCAGCAACUAACUUGCAAGUAUCUAAAAGAAUCACGACUGCAGUCUUGCGGCCACCACUGACCAUUUCUAGAUCACAUAGAUCUAGUGUAAGAGAGAAAAAUUACUGUAGAUUAUAUAACUGUCAACAAUGAUCUCAAAAAAACAAAAACAAAAACAAAAACAGAACAGAAACAUCAACUGCUUCUGACCUGGAGAAAGAGGUGGCAUCUUGGUACAUGGACCAAAUGUACAAAUGAGUGGGUAUCAGGAGAGGAAAUUUUACAUCAAGUAUAUUUUCGCCUAUUUUCUUUGCUGAUGAAGAUGGAUCAUAAGUCAAGGAUGGGAUAAUAUGUGGUGCGGAGUGUUGGAGGUGAUGGGCUUAUUAUAAUACAUGUCAUUUGAGGUUCAACACCAAUAGACUGUGGUUUGCCUACAUUAUCUAAAAUAAGCUCUCUUCACUCUAUACAGAGUGGAGCUAUAGAAAUGUUUUUCUCUCUGCAAUUCCAGGUAAUAAAGUCUGCAUACUAAACUCUCACAGGUCCAAAUCAAUUGUAAUUCUCUCCUACAUGUUCCCAGGAUGUUGCCUACAAAUCACACAGAGUCUUAUCCAGAAGCCUUUAACAUCUUAAUAAAAUUAAGCAUAUGUAAUCUUAUAGCUAUGUAUAGAAGAAAUAAAUAAUGUUCCCAAAGACAUGGCCCUGAGGAUGCUUGGCUCCCAUUUCAGUACCACAGUGAAGCCAAAAAGAAAUAUGACAAUAGACUUACUUAAUAAGAAGUCAUGCCUUUGUCAUAGGUAACACACAGUGUAUACAGAAUCCAACCACUUCCUUCUUCAGCUAACUUCAAUCAACAUAAAUUAUCAAGCAAGCCUUUAGCAGGGUGUGUGCUAUUCUCAGAAAUGAGCCAGUGUUUAUGAAUCCCUUGUGAUUUCCAUAACAAAGCCCAUCAAACUAUUUUAAAUAAUGUCAUCCUGAAUAAGUACAGUACAUAAUGUGGUGCAUGCUUAUCUGAAGCCAGAGUCACAGUUCAAAUCUUGGCAAUACCACUUACCCACUGUGACGUUCCUUACCCAAUUCACUUCACUACAACUUCCUCAUCUUCACAGUGCAGAUAAUAAUAACGGCUACCCUUGAGGGUAUUGUGAGAAUUGUAUGAAUUAAAAUAAAUGCAAGCACCUAGAACAGUAGCUGGCCACCAUCAGUGGGGAGCGAGAAUGGUGAAGGGAGGAAAUUUUGCUCCGUGUUGCCAUGGUGCCAUUCCAGGGUUUGACAUCCUGAAACACAAGCAUGGUUUCCAUCAUCACUAUGGACUUUGGACAUCUCACCUAAGACAGGGAAAGUGAGAUUAGAAUCACUUAGGAAUAUUUUAUGGUCCUUAGAAUAAUACAUAACACUCCAGGACAUAGUGCAAUGGCCAGAUUUUGGUCACAGGACUACACACCACUGCAGGAAGGCUGGGAAAUGCAGUCCCACUCUAUGCUCAGAGGAAAGGGAAAGAGAUCUGGUAAAUAUCUAGACUUCUCUGCUGAAGUCCACCCUGCCCAUCACGAAUAUCCAUCACAUUCUUCCUCCUACACAUGGAACACAUUCACCUUCUCCCCAAGGAAGAUGACACCAAAUCCACCUGGUCACUUCAGCUCAAUGUGGAGAAAUCUCUGAAGCCUGUUGGGUUCUUCAUCAGGUCCAGAGAUGGCUUCCAUGAUCUGAAAUCCAUGUAAAGUUACCUUCUUUCAUCAUAGGCAAAUAUACAACCAUGAACCCAGGCUUGAUAACCACAAUAAACAUUCCCAUUAGAAAAUGAAAGGACCAGAAGUGCAUGGCUGUCAAUGGAUGGUGAUGAUUUUGCAUUUCUACUGAGAAGGCAGGGGUUGACUCGCAGUUGGAAAUUUUUUCUUAAAACCUAAUUUUUCCCAGAAAAAAAAGGAACUCAAUUUUUUUUCCCCUUCUGCAGGCUCCUAUCUCUAAGCAGGUGUCAUGAUUUCUUUGCUGAUAUACUGCCCUCAAAAAUUUAGUGGGUAUCUCAUCUAAUUGUUUCCACUCAGCUCUAUGUGCCAGUGAUUAUCACAAACUCUUUCCUAGACCUCGUUCUCAGAUCUGCUUUAUUCCAUCAUUUUCUUGCUCUGGUGAUUCUUCCACUCUCCUCCACUCAUCUCUCUGUCUCACUCCCUCUUUCUUCCUCCAUCCCCUCCCUCCCUCCUUCAUGUAAUGGCAGCUACCAUGGAGACAUCAGGCUUUAGUGGAAAGAUAGCAUUCGGAGUUCCUGUUGUGGUGCAGUGGAAAUGAAUCCAACUAGGAACCAUGAGGUUGCAGGUACAAUCCCUGGCCUCAAUCAGUGAGUUAAGGAUCUGGCAUUGCCUG